UGUUCUCCACAGCUUGUCACAAGAGCAGCGGCAGCCGGAGGUCGUGUUCCAGGUGUCCGUCUCUCGUCCUCCGCGUUGUCAAAGGCCUGCCAAUGACCGAUCCCAUCCGACCCCUGCGACCAGCCCAGUCUGCAAGUCCAGCAUCGCCCAACAACCAGCCGCCCGGGCCAAUCAUCACGACGACCGGCACCGGGCUGCUGAGGAAGAGGCCGACCUGCUCGCAAUGUCGCAUUCGCAAGGUGCGGUGUGACGGGCAGCAGCACAUCUGUGGCAACUGCCAGCGGCUGAGGUUUGAGUGUUCCUUCCAGCAAAACUCGAAUCCAUCACGCAGUGAAUACGUGCUCAAGGUUCCAGAAGCACGGCGCCGCAUGCAGGCUUGUAUACCUUGCCAUGACAAAAAGACAAGAUGCCUCGGAGAGUUGCCCAGCUGCACAAACUGUAUGCGGAAAGGAAGGAACUGCGUCUAUCCGAGCACUAAAAAAGGACCGGCAUCGGCCAGAAGUCGGGACGUGGCCGAGCAGCCCUCAGCCCUCGCAAAAGACAGCCGUUCACCAUCAGCAAGGCUCGCACCGGAUACUGCGCCGGCCUCGCUAAACCAGAAUGAUACGUCCCCAGGCCAGGAUGUGAUCACGCUGCUUGUCGAGAACUACUUUAGGGAGCUUUACCCUCUACCAUCAUUCUCGUUCCUGCAUAAACCAACCGUCAUACAGCGAUGCGAGGAUGGAACGAUCAACGAACAGCUCAAGUUGGCCAUAUGCGCCAUUACAGCCUUGCAGCUGCAACUCUCGGCCUACCCACAUGAUGUAUGGGCCCAGAAGGCAGAGCACACAAUUCUACAGCAAAUCGGCCAGCCCUCUAUUUUCCAGCUGCAGUCCUUGUUCCUGAUUGUGCGUUACCGCAUCGAGAGCGGCGGGUUUCCAAAGGCAUUCAUGCUGGCAGGCCUGGCUGCGAGGAUCGCAGUUGCCCUGCGGCUGAACUAUGAGAGGAGAGACCUCUCAUAUGUUGCACAGGAAGCUCGGCGGCGUUUGUACUGGUCUCUGUACCUUCUCGACGAUUAUUUCUGUGUUGGUCUGCGAGAGUUCGAGCUGUGCCCCGAAGAGACCAUCCACCUGCAACUACCUUGUACGGAGGAAGUGUUCGAGGCGGGGGGUCACACGUUGACAGGCCCUUUACAACCAGAUCCAUCACGAGUUGGUGAACCAACUGGGUUGCACGCAUCGUAUCUCCGCGUAACUUCAGCGCGAAGAGCAAAUAUGAGGUUUAUACGACGUCUCGGCCUCGGGGAGGAGUCACCUGCGACGCUGCGCACAUCCAUAGCGACCUUGGAGCAGAACCUGAGUCUCAUACAUGCAGGGAUGGGCGAGCUAGGCACGUACUCGGUGUCGACGCUAACUGCCACCAAAUGGCCUGCAGAAUAUUUGAUGCUGCAUGUCUCAUGGCAUCAAUGCCAUUGUGACCUGUAUCGCAGCUUUAUCGACAGUUAUAGCGAGGCAGCGCCGGUAGCAGUGCUGGAAGGACUCCAUCCACAGGACCGCGCCGCGGUCCAGCGCAAAUGCGUUGAGCAUGCCGAGGCCAUCAUAGACAUUCUGUCGGAUUUUGCACAACACGGACACAGCCAGUGCCAGCUCGAGCGCGACAUUGCAGUCUGUGCAUUCGAAGCCGCGCGGAUUGUCAUGUUUGAUUGUCGCCGGACGGGCCAGGUUGGCAAGAUGCACGAGGCACUUGUCAAGGCAAGUCUGUGCUUCCAGCUGAUCACGAGACACUUCUCGUUUUCGGCAUCAACACAACCCCUUAGUUGAAGCGGCUCAUAGAAAAUUACACGCUUCGAACGGAUUUGCAGGCUCGAGCUGAGGCGCAAGAUGUCGUCGGAACUGAAGGAGGUGGCAGUGCUCUCGAGUCUGGCCCGCCGUCGCCACGCUCAUCUAGACUUUCUCAGAUCGCCACUGCCCGACAGAAGCUUUCGGUACAGAGCCUGCU